CAUACUUCACAAUUUCACAAAUUCAUCGAUCCAAAUUAUCCCCAUUUGAUCCAACAAUUCACCCUUCACUUUCCGAUUCAACUUCUCUGUAAGUUCUCCUCAUUUUGCUACCUUCAAUCCGCUUCAUAUCCUCCAAUCGCCUGCAAAAAUUUGAAACCCUAACCCUCAAAUUUCAUCAACAUUUGAAAUAGGAUCAGUAUGAGCGGUACGCCUAGUAAGCGCGUGCACGAGGAUAGUGGAGGUCAUUCCUCCCUUUCCAGAUAUUCCCAUCCUCCGGAUGAUUCCGGAACAUACUCCGGCAUCGGGGGAGCAAACUCGAAACUACCAAAUCCAUCAGCUCCAACUGAUUACCACACAUCCUUCGAUACGGGGCACGAUGCGCGUAUGCCUAAAGUCCCCCGUACCGAACUGGAUAGCAGAAGACCACCGUUGCUUCAAAUGUAUCGUAUGCAGCAGCCGUCAUCUUUGACCGAUUCUCAAUCCGAUCAUCCUGUCAACCCUGAGGAAAGAGCUGAGAUCAGAGAUUCUAUGAAGGUUGAGAAUCGUGAUGUGAAUGCGGAAUCGAAAGAGUUGUAUCAGGGUGCUAAAAUCGAGAAAGACGUUAGGUAUACGGGCAGAGGGGAUGAUCAUAAGGAAACAAAGUAUGAGAGAAACGCGUAUUCUGAUUAUAGAAAUGAAGUGAAGACGGAUAAGGAUGGGUACAAUCCAGUGAAUAGUAACGUAAACGUGAAGGAAUCGAAAGAGCACCAUAGGACAUGGAAGUAUCCCGAUACAACUAGCGGAAACAUGGAUCCAUGGCAUGCAUCUCGAAGUAACACCGAAGGCUUGAAUACCGAAGCGAAGGAUCAUAACGCUGAAGCUCAUGAGACGGUAUCGGAGAACAAGGUUGAUUCGAAAGGCGAUGAUGUGCUCAAAGAGCGGGAUCGGAAACGGAAAGACGCGAAACACCGGGAAUGGGGAGAAAAUAACAAGGAGAGAAUCGAAGCUCGGAAUAACGAGAUGAAAGAUCCGACAAAGGAAGAUAGAAAAGACGCACUAAAGGACAAGGAGAAAGUGAAAGAUCAUGGUAAAAGGGAUACAUGGGUUGUAAAUGAGAAAGACGGUUUACAACCGCAUGAAAAGGAAGAUGUGGAUGUAUCGUCGUCGAGAGGUUUGGAUCUCGGAAAACAGAAAAGUACGGAUAACGAAAGGGGGACUGAGAAAGAUGCUGAUACUGAAGGGGAACGCUCCGAAAGACGAAACAAAGGUUUCGAUAAAGAUUCAGAUGACGGGGGUGCUGACGUGGAAGGGAGUGCUGACAGAGAGAGAGAAGGGUUUAGUUACGGUGUUCAGCAGCGGAAAAGGAUGCUUCGGCCUAGAGGCAGUCCGCAGGUUGCAAAUCGAGAUCCCCGCUUUAGAUCUCGUCCUCAAGAUAAUGACGGGUCUACAGGGAAAAGUGAUGUUUCAACAGUUGUGUACAGAGUUGGUGAAUGCAUGCAGGAAUUAUUAAAUUUGUGGAAUGGAUAUAAAUCAUCCAACGAAACUGAUAAAACGUCCGAAAGCUCAAAAAGCUUUCCCACCCUUGAAAUUCGUAUACCCGCCGAGCAUGUUACCGCUACAAAUCGCCAAGUUAAAGGUGGACAGUUAUGGGGCACAGAUAUAUACACUCAUGACUCUGAUCUUGUUGCAGUUUUAAUGCACACGGGCUACUGCCGCCCGACUGCAUCUCCUCCUCCACCUGCUAUUCAGGAGUUAAGGACUACUGUCAGAGUCCUCCCUCCGCAAGAUUGUUAUGUUUCUACUUUGCGAAACAAUGUUCGUUCUCGUGCAUGGGGGGCGGCUAUUGAUUCUGGUUGCAGUUUUCGUGUAGAGCGAUGCCACAUUGUCAAGAAAGCUGGUGGGACAAUUGAUCUUGAACCUUGUCUUACACAUACGUCAACUGUGGAACCUACUCUUGCUCCUGUGGUUGUGGAACGCACCAUGACUACUAGAGCCGCAGCUUCGAAUGCGCUUCGUCAACAAAGAUUUGUGCGUGAAGUUACAUUACAGUACAACCUUUGCAAUGAACCUUGGAUUAAGUAUAGUAUAAGUGCCAUAGCAGACAAAGGUCUGAAGAAGCCUCUAUUUACCUCUGCUAGAUUGAAAAAGGGCGAAGUUCUGUACCUGGAAAGCCCUACACAAAGGUUUGAGCUUUGUUUUAAUGGAGAGAAGAUGGUGAAGUCGGGAAAUGAAACGGAUACGAAUGGCGUGGACAGCGAUAAUAACAACAAUAACCAUAAUAAUAAUGGUAAUAACAAUAUGAUGGAUGUAUUCAGAUGGUCUUUGUGUAAGAAGCCUCUUCCUCAGACGCUUAUGCGCUCCAUCGGCAUCCCUUUGCCGCCUGAACAUCUAAAGGUGUUGGAAGAGAAUCUUGAUUGGGAGGACAUCCAGUGGUCACAAACAGGUGUUUGGAUAUCAGGAAAGGAGUAUCCUCUUUCCAGGGUCCAUUUUCUAUCCCCUGUCUAAAAUCAUCAUACCCUUCCUUCAACUUAUGUUUUACAAACAAGACAAACCAUGUUUGGAAGAUUUUACAUUAUGAUAGAUGUUUGUUGGAUGAAUUUGGAAUUUUAUAUUUAGUCACAUCUUUUUAAGCUAUCUAUAAUUUUUAUUUACUUCA